AUGUUCAGUGAAAUACUAAGUGACACUUUUGAAGAAGAAAUAAAAGAAAAUGUUAAUGAUGAAGAAAAAGAAUAUAAUACAGAUAUAUCUAGUGAUACAGAAGAAACUAAAGAAGAAGUGAAGAAAGAUUUACGAGAAAAGAGAGUAAAAAGAAAACCUAUGUGGUUACAAGAUUAUGACACAGAAAGUAGCUUUAUGUGUAUUUUAAAUGAACCUAAAACUUAUAAUGAAGCUAUUAACAAAGAUAAACCACUAAUCAAUUUCACAUCUCAAGAACACAGGAGGAAGCCUCAAGAAACAUUACAGCAUUCUGUACCUUCCAGUAUUAAAACCAAACUGCACAAAGAUGAUUCAAAACCCUCAACAUCUGGAAAGAAAACAUUCUGCAACGGGGACUUUGUGCUGGUUAAACUUCAAGAUACAAAAACAGAAUAUCGUUAUAUUGCGAUGUGCACAGGUGUUGAAGAAGAUGAUGAACUUAAAGUUAUAUUUUGUAAAAUCUGUGAUGAAACUGGAAAAAAGUUCAGAAUUAACGAUGACAAUAUUUCUUUCAUCACCUGGGAUCAGGUUUUAAAAAAACUACCCUCCCCUAACUUAAAAAUGAGAGGGCAAGCGUAUUUUUUAUGCAUUUAA